AUGCCUCGCCCAAGCUUCCCACCGACGCCGCAGCCCUCCACCGAUAUCACCGGCAAGAGCAGUGCAAAUGCUCCGCAGCUAGAAGGCGGCUUUUCUCUGCCUCCAGCAGCUUUGAACGGCAGAGGUAGCGUUGCCAGCUCAUCUGGACCAUCUGAAACCGCUUCAGACUCGUCAUAUCGACCACCCUCGCCCGCUUCUCCCGUUGCUACCUCGAAACCCAGCCAAAGUCGCAAGCGCUUGAGCACGGCCUCCCAACAGGGCGUCAUCACCAAAGAUGACUACUCCCUUCCACCCCCACCAACAAGGUCUCGCAAGAUCAUACAAAUGAAGCCCAAGGAUGCGCAGGAACAAUCUAAAGCACAGCCCGAGAAGCAAGAUGCGAAAGCUCCAGCCGAGAAAGCUGGUGGAGCCAAGAGGAAACAGGCAAGCAACACCACAGCUGCAGGGCGCAAGAUUGCACGGAAGACAGCACACAGCCUGAUUGAGCGGAGGAGGAGGUCUAAGAUGAACGAGGAGUUUGGUGUACUAAAGGAUAUGAUCCCCGCAUGCAGGGAUCAGGAAAUGCACAAGUUGGCGAUCUUGCAAGCUUCGAUUGAGUAUAUGCGCUACCUCGAACAAUGCGUUGCCGACCUGAAGACAGCCAACCAGGCACGACACGAUUCGCCCUCAUCUGCUGCGUCAGACCUCGCCCCACCCCCACUCAGACGAGUUCUGGAAGAAGAUGAUGAAGAGGACGAAGAAGAUGAGGACGAGGAGAUGAAGGAUGUGGUAUCACCAACUCAUGUGACUAACCCCAUUCCGAAGUCUACCUACCACUUCGCUACCACCUCACCAACCAUCCACCCUUCCGAUAGGGGGAGCGUGUACUCGCACUCCACAACGACCUCCCCUGCUAUGCUCCCUCAGGACCGCAACUACUACUCCGCCCAUCCUUCACCGGCACUCCAGCCCUCAGACCCUCAUCGCUACUCCUUGACAUCUAUUGCAUCACCCUCUCUCACUGCUUCGCCCGCAUUCAGUGCUCAAGCAUCGCAGACCCCUUCGGCCGCAAUGUUCAGCAACCCUUUUCGCACCGGACCCCCGAGCACCGGACCCGUGUCAGCUCCUGGCUCAGCACACGGCGCAGCCCCUUUCGCACUGACUUCGCCUGCGCUGGGACCCCAGGCAGACCGUGAAGAUCAGAUCGCUACUGAGGCCCUAAUGAUGUUGAACUCAGCGGACCGUAGGAGCUGGACAGGGAAUGGUGCUCGAGGUAUGAGUGUAAAAGAUCUGCUCAGUGGGUAG